AUGGUGCUCGCAACCAAGCAGCACACUGGCAAGACCUCCGUGUCGCUCGCGCUCAUCCAAACCGCUCGCAAGCUGCUCGCGCCGAGCGGCGGGACGGUUGGGUACAUGAAGCCGGUCGGCCAGCAGUGGGUCACGGUGGAGGAGGGCGGCGAGCAGAUCCGGGUCGACAAGGAUGCAGCGGUCGCGCACCACUACUUCAAGCUGCAGGAGCGCCUGCGGCUCUCCGACGUCUCCCCCAUCGUGAUUGGACGCGGCCACACAAAGGCGUUCCUGGACGGCGAGAUGCCGUCGCUCGCGGCCGAGGCGUUCGAGGCGCGGCUGACUUCGGCCUUCGGCGCCAUCUCCGCUGCGUCCGACUUUGUGGUGGUCGAGGGCACCGGCCACAGUGGCGUCGGCGCCGUGCUGGGUUGGAACAACGCGCGGGUCGCCGCCGCGCUGGGCGUCGAGGUUGUGCUUGUGGCCAACGGAGGGGUGGGCAGCACCUUCGACGAGCUCUCGCUCAACGUCGCCGCCUGCCGCGCCGAGAAGGCGGCCAUCGCAGGCAUCAUCAUCAACAAGUGCGCCCCCUCCAAGGUGGCGGAGGCGGCCGACCGGUUCGGGUGGGGCGUGCCGGUGCUCGCGUGCGUGCCUUACGGCGACAUGCCGUCGACUUGCGGCGACAUUGAGCUCUGGAGCGGGCCUCAGACCUUCUUGGACCCUUCCUGCAGGCGACGACCUCGACAAGCCGUCGGUGGCUUCUCGAAGGAGAGGUACGUCCCCUCGGAGAGCGCCUCGUCGCUCGCCAGCAUGAGCAACCUCGGCAAGCGGAGAGACCUGAAGCACACCGCCGCCGCAGUCUACGCGACGGCCCUGCGCUCGGUGCUGCUCGCGGGCGAGUGUCUGCGGCAGCGGAGGUUUGAGCGGUACGAGCUGCACCGCAUGGCGCCCAUCGUCGCCACCGCGGCGCGCGCGCUCGCCAGCGACACGCCCGUGCUGCGCUCGUUCAUGCCGAUGGCGCAGACGCUCGCUGCCAUCAAGGACCUCACCCCGAAGAUGCAGGCGGACGACGAUGUGAGGGUUCGGCAGGUGAUUGACCUGUACGCGCCGCACCUCGAGGGGGCGGUCUCGCACCUCUUGCGGGACGACUAG